UUACAUUUUACGGCCCAUUAUGGAGCCUGAAACCAAAUCUGAAAAUGCAACCAUAGACGAGGAAGCACCAAAGGACGGCGAUGCAAGUUUGAGCCAAGAAUCCGCAUCAUCUACUGAACCCCAACCUCAAAAGUCGCGUAUAAUCUUGCAUGUACUCUGCGUUGCUUUUCAUCACAGAAAUGGUCCGCAAGUGGAGUUUGCCUUUCCACCCUUUCCACCAUUGCCAGGGUCAAACCCGUCUGAGGAUAAUAAACUGCUACGUGAGGAUACCUCUGUAGCUUUGCCCGAGGAAUGGUCCUUUCUCCCCUUUCUUUGCUUGCCUGAUGGAGCCCACGCAACGGACGAAGAGUUCAUUUAUUUUCAUCUUCCUCCAGUCCCAGAGUGGAAAAGUUAUCCGCAAUCAACAUUGUUUGGACUGGCGUGCUACCGACAGAUGCCAGCAAGUGAGCUCAUCAACAAAACCGUCGAUGUCACUCGCAGUACAGUGCAAAAAGCCGUGGUAGUGCUCGCUACCCAACCCGUUUUGGGAUCGGUCCGAAGUAAGCUCGGUUUAGUGACUCGUGCAUUCUUUGAGCAGAAGGACUUUUCGAAGCUUGAAAUAUUAGAGACACUCUACAACAGCUUGGCAGUGUCCGUUUCAGGAUACAUUCCCGACAGCACACUUUACAUGGGCAUCUCUUUGCGAGAGUUAGUGAAUAAAUUCAAGCAAAAAACCCUUCAACUCUUCAAAUUAUUAUUUCUGGAAAAAAGGAUUUUAUUUUUUGGCUCCAAGGUUGAGAGGCUGUCCGCUUACCAAUACAGCUUGGUUUCUUUGAUACCAGAACUGCUGCGAGGGCUUCGGGAUGCUGGAGCUCCGUCACUGGGUCGAGGGCCGGAGGGGAAGGAUGACCCGACGAAAAAGAUGUAUGGGGUCUCCUCAGAUCAGCAAGGAGGGCUACUGCGGCAGUGGAUGCCAUUACCGAUAUUUGGAGAAUCGGCCUUCUUUCAACCAUAUAUCCCCUUGCAACAAAUGGACGUGUUGAUGUCCUCCGACACAAAGUCGUACUUGGUGGGCACCAGUAAUGCCAUUUUCCUCCACCACAAAGGAUGCGCAGUCGACGCCAUUGCCAAUGUCGAUACCGGUACUUUAGAACUCAUGAAUCCAGCUCUCAAUCCCCUCAUAAGCUUGACUACUCCAGACAAGAAAUUUAUUGAUGAUAUCACGAAAUCAGUUGUUGCAACGUGGAGUCCAGAAGACGACAUGUCCAUGAAUCAACAAUUGUCCUUCGAGGGCAGUGACGACGAUAUCCGAGCAAGGUUUGAGCUGUACCUUCUUACUUUGCUGGCUUCUGUGAAGACAGCUCAGACUGCGGCAAUCUCUGUGGACCCAGCGAUACGAGGAAAAGAUUUCCUAGCAGACUUCAAUCCCGCCUGGGUGAAGGCAUGGCAAUCCACGAUUCAUUACACGAAAUGGUUGGCAAUAAUAGGAGGAGAACUGCCAGACAAUCCAAAUAUUAGCCCAGCUCAUCCCUGUCAAGGCGCAUCAACGUUUGGUAUACUUCAAACGUCUUUUGCUGCCCGACUUUCUGAACUUGGAAGAAACCUAUCGCCUAUACAGCAGAAUAUAAAUAAGGCAGUCGAAACAUCUCUCACGAAAGCAAUGGACACUGUCACAGAUCCCGCUCAGCAGCAACGACUGCAAGCUACAACAUCCCAAAUAUUCGCCAACGUCAGUAGUUUCCUGAACCAGAAAAGAAAGGACUGGAGCGUCAGCCCGCCAUCAACCGGUCGAACGACCCCAGACAUUGCUACAGGUGAAUCUCAAGAACAUGACUGGGAGGACGUUGAUAUAAAUGAGGACGCAAAAAAGCAAGAGUCAAAAGGAUAGCUUUCAUACUCAAUAAACCAAAAAUACGGCGACAGCGAUGCCAUUUCUAUUUUAAUUUUGUCCUUAUAUACUAGGGAACAAAAUGUGCCCACA